AUGAUUCUCACUAGUCUAUCUCAACGCGCGAGACCUGCGUUCCGCAAGGUCCAGCCUUUUCGCAUGGUUGCCCGGCCCAGUUCACGAACCGUUGUGACUUGGGCAGAGCAAGACCACUGGGAAGAUCCGCGCGGUCCUUUGGGUGUCGACAGACCAAGUCCAAAGCUCGCUCCUCUCACCCAGGAGAGCCCGCAAUGGCUUCACGACCUUCACCGCAACGGCUGGGCUCUGGUAAAAGAGGCAGUUCCUAGGGAGAGAGCCCUAAACUACGCCCAGAAGGCUGAAGAUUGGCUCGAAGGAUUUAAGUUAGGAUACAAGCGCGACGACCGUUCAACAUGGAAGUCCAAGAACAUACCCCGACACCGACACGGAGGACUCUUCGACCACUUCUCGUUUGCUCACGCGCAAUUCGUCUGGGAUUGCAAAUCAGAGCAUGGGGUCCGGGAUAUCUUUGCGAAGAUCUGGGGCACGGAUGAGCUCACAGUCUCAUUUGACGGAGGCACGCUGGCGUUCCCUACUCCCGAGGAGGCUGAUCACGGCAAGAAACCAUGGCCGCAUUCGGAUCAGAGUGCCUACCGAUCUUGGCCUCACUGUAUCCAAGGCCUGCUGAACCUGCUGCCCAAUGGUCCCGAAGACGGUGGUCUGGCCGUCAUGACCGGGACCGCUCCUCUUUUUGAGCAGUACUUCAAGGAGCACGAACCGCCCGAGGGUGGUUGGGUCAAACGAGACCUUGUCGACUGGACAGACAAGGAGCUCCAAUGGUUCAAGGACCGUGGCUGCGAGUGGGUGAAGCCUAGCAUGGACCCUGGUGACUUCAUUCUCUGGGACUCCCGGGCUGUUCACUACGGCGCCGCGCCUCUAGGGGAAAACAAGCGCAUGGCAAUCUACACAUGCUACAAGCCUAUCGAAUUCCUGACCGAGGAGCAAAGAGAGCGCAAGGUGGAGGCCUUUAAACGGGGCUACAUGACUUCGCAUGAUCCUACCGACUUUGUGUUGAAGGAGGAACAGAUGGCGGAUUUCAACAUCCUACAUCCCUAUGGUCCUCCAACAAUCAACGAGGCUACUCGACAGGCUAUCGGCAUGAUUCCGUAUAAAUAA